UUGAACGUAAACAAAACAAAGGAGAUGAUUUUAGACUUCAGAAGAAACAGGGUGGAGUCUAGGGCUGCAACGAAUCCUCGAGUAACUCGAAUGAUUCGAGGACAAAAAAUAUUCGAGGAUUUUCCGCUGCCUCGAGGACUCGUUAAAUAGACCAUAGCUGAAAAAAAACGGCGUUUCGCACGGAUUCAUUGUGUUGCACAACGCGGUUACGUCACAGAUUAUACGUGCCAUGCACUCUACUGCACAGCGCGCAGGCGCAGCGGUUUUUUCGUCUUUUCAGCUGGACAGCCGACAAUGGCAGACGCCACGGAAAUAAAUGAAAACAAGCAAGACCAAAACAAGGGAAAUAGGAAGCGACAGAAGUUAUCCAAGGUGUGGGAUCACUUCACGUUAAAAAGCAAGGAAAAUGUUGUAUGCAAGCAUUGCAAGGUGGAGCUAGCAUACCACAACAGCACUUCUUCCAUGCUGCAGCACCUCUUAAGAAAGCAUCCGACUGAGGGCAUGAGUGGACGUGCCGAGACCAGUAAAACAUCACAACCUGUCCUGGAUAGAUUUCUGCUGAAAGCACCUGCCUGCACCCCAGCACAAGCAGCCGUACUGACAGACCACAUUCUAAAUAUGUUGGUUACAGACAUGCGCCCGCUGAGCAUGGUGGAGGAUGCUGACUUCAAAGCGAUGAUUGCUGCUUUCCAGCCAAAUUAUGCUCUUCUAUCUCGGACCUUCUUCACAAAGCGGUUGGAAGAAAAAUAUGAAGACAUCAAAAACAAGAUGAAGAAAGCCCUGCAAGAGACUGACACCAUAGCACUUACUACUGAUAUCUGGACAAGUGUGGCAACAGAGGCAUACAUGGGGGUAACAUGCCACUACCUAGAAAACUGGAAAAUUAUGUCUCAUUGCCUUUGGAGGAGAGGCACACAGCUGCAAACAUUGCAGAUUGGAUUGAGGAGGUAAUUGCCAAAUUCAGCAUUCCACCAGAGAAAAUCAAGGCUGUUGUACAUGACAAUGGUGCCAAUGUUGUAGCUGCAACACAGAUUUUGCAUGCAAAGCAUGGAUGGGAGCACUGACAUGUGCAGGACACACCCUCAACUUGGUUGUGCAAAACACUUUAAAAAGCCAACAGGCUAUCUCCAGGUGUGUGGGUGCAGCAAGAACUCUUGUCGAACAUUUUAAGAAAAGUGAAUUGGCAAGCACAAAGUUAAAGGUCAAGCAGAGGCAUAUGGGGACCAAAGAAAACAUGCUGUUGCAGGAUGUCUGCACACGCUGGAACAGCACCUAUGCCAUGUUGUCAAGGCUGCAAGAACAAAGAUGGCCAGUGGCUGCUACAUUGUCUGACCCAGAAGUGACCCAAAGAGGGAAACAAUACCUGGAUCUCAAACAUGACCAGUGGAGCCUGAUUGAGGAGCUCUACCAGGUCCUUGAGCCCUUCCACUCUGCCACAGUUUUUAUGAGUGGAGAGCAAUAUGUUACGCUUUCUGCACUUCCACAUGUUGUUGACAAAAUUAAGAAGUCACUCCAGAGUCAGAAUCUCGAGUCACCACCUGUGGUGUCAUUCCAGACUCAUGCAAAAGAACAGGUCACAACAAGAUGGAAAGACUUGGGUGAGUUCAAACCUGAGUCUCCAAACAUCACACUGCUUGCUGCUUCUCUGGAUCCCAGGUUUCGAAAACUCAAAUUCUUGCCUGCUGACCAAGCAUUUGGAGUCAAAAACGCAUUGCAAACCAUGGCACUUGCUGUCAAGCAGCAACUGAGGCCUACUAGAUGCGGAAAUGAAGCAUCCAGCACAGCAGAGGGUGCUCCAUCUACAGCACAUAAAGACAAGAUGACCACAUCCUUCCUUGACUCGGACUCCACCAGCAGUGAUGA